AUGGCGUCACUAGUGUCACUGAAGGAGAAACUCACAGAGGUUAAACUUGGAGAGCUGCUAAACUGGAUAGUGAUGCGGAAUUUCAGCCCCAGUGGCAUUAUGGGAACCUCUCAGAGAGGUUACAGCCAGUAUCACAAGUACAUCAAAGUCCAGAAAGGCAGCGCUGUGGGUUUAACAUGGUGUUGGCAGCCUGUGUGGUUUUCAGCUUCCGCUUUCUUAUGA